AUGGAAAAAGCAGUUGAGUCAGUGAUCGUCGCCGUUGUUAUCGUCAGUCUAUUUGGACAAAAUCAAUGUUACAGUCAAGAACACACAACAGAUGAACAUGAUAUGUUAUUAGCUCAAUUACGAUCAAUCUUAUUGGAUCGCAAUGACGAAAUGGUGUUAAAGACAUAUGAUCAAAUGGAUUACAAUCGUCGGGGAUCAGCUCCGUUGCAUCACCUCGAUUCUGACUAUCGUACAAAGUCUAUUAACGGUUUGAAUAGUGCUAAACAUGAACAAAGUUCAUCAGAAGCGUGGGAAUUGAGUGGUAUUCACAGGUAG